AUUUGAUUUUCCUUUCCAACUCUUUCACUCGAUCCAUCAUGUCGACGUAUAAUGUUACUGUAUCUGGAAUUUCUCCGACCACCACAGAGACUCAUCUUCAUGACUUCUUUUCAUUUUGUGGAAAGAUCGCCAGCAUCGAUCAUAAGGGCACCGAGGCAGCUGUGAAUUUUGAGAAACCUUCCGCUGCCAAGACGGCGUUGAUGCUCAAUGGCGGAUCUCUCGAUGGUGCUACGCUCACCGUCACUUCCGACACUGUCCACCCGGAUGAACCUGAAGACAGUAAAGAUGAGCAUAUCGACCAAACUGAUAAACCAAGGGCUGGAAUCGCCGCCGAAUAUUUGGCUAAAGGAUACACACUUUCUGAUUCAAUUUUGCAACAGGCUAUUGAGAUGGACAAACAACGGGGAAUUUCGAAAAAGUUCCUAUCAUAUUUCAAUAGCUUAGAUACAGGCAUCGGGUCUAGAGCUUUAGGUCCCGAUAAGACCAUCUCUGGUAAACUGCAAGAGACGUUGGCAGCAGCGACCCAACAAGCGAAAACAGUUGACGAACAGAAGGGUGUAUCAAAGACUGCGCAUGAGUACUACACAAAGGCUCUGGGAUCUCCCUUCGGCAAAAAGGUGUUCGAGUUCUACACGUCGACCUCCAAGCAAGUCCUCGACAUCCACGAGGAGGCGAAGCGAAUUCACAGCACACAUAAAGCGACCACCACUCACCCAGAAACUCCUGUUACCACAGAGAAGACUGCUUGAUUUUACAGGACAAUAAUAUUGGUUUCGUGACGAGUAGGUACACUACUUAUAUAACAAUGUCGUAGGUUUCCAUCAGGUAGUAAAUAUGUACUUUAUUGCGCGAAUUGUACGAGCUCGAUUAGGUUCGAAUAUCAUUACGAGAAUUC